AAAGUUUAGAAGAAGACGGUGUGCAUGUGUUCAUUGCUUUUAUCAUCUUCAUCAUCAUCUUUUUGUUUAGAGAGAGAAGAAGACUUAGCUGUAGAGAGAGAAAAACAGAGAAAAAAUUUCAUAAAUUUUGUGAAGAAAACCAACAAUUUCUCUCUUGAUUUCAAUUUUUUGUUCAAAUUUAUCAUCAAUUCUUGAAGAAAAAUUCCAAUUAUGAGGGCAGGAUUAAGUACAAUCCAACAAACGUUAACCCCAGAAGCAGCAACAGUAUUAAACCAUUCAAUAGCUGAAGCAAGUCGCCGGAAUCACGGCCAAACAACGCCGUUACAUGUGGCGGCGACUUUAUUGUCGUCGCCGUCAGGGUAUCUCCGGCAAGCCUGUAUCCGUUCACACCCAAAUUCAUCACACCCACUUCAGUGUCGUGCACUUGAGCUAUGCUUUAGCGUUGCUUUAGAAAGAUUACCCACUGCUCAAAACAUGCUUCAAGGUACAGAACCCCCAAUUUCAAAUGCGUUAAUGGCUGCUUUGAAAAGGGCACAAGCUCAUCAACGAAGAGGGUGUCCAGAGCAACAACAACAGCCGCUUUUAGCUGUGAAAGUUGAAUUAGAACAGUUGAUAAUUUCGAUUCUCGAUGACCCAAGUGUGAGCAGGGUGAUGAGGGAAGCUAGUUUUUCUAGCCCAGCUGUGAAGAACACGAUUGAACAAUCGUUAACGCAAACCUCCUCGUCUUCGCAUCAUCAUCAAACAAAUAUCAAUUUAUCACCUUUCACCGCGAUGGGUGGUGGGUCUAGGAUUCUCGGAACAAAUCCGGUGACACCAGUACAGAUAACUCGAAAUAUGUAUUUGAAUCCUAAGUUACAGGGAGGUGGAGGUGGGGGUGGGGGUAGGGUGGGGAUAGGAGGGCAAUUGGGUAAUCUACAAAGAGGUGAAGAAGUGAAAAGGGUGUUAGAGAUUUUGUUGAGAAGCAAGAAAAGGAACCCAGUUUUGGUUGGUGAAGGUGAACCAGAAAGUGUAGUGAAAGAACUUUUUAAGAAGAUUGAGAAAGGGGAAUUAAGUGAAGGGCAUUUGAAGAACUUACAAAUUGUUCAAAUGGAUAAGGAGUUUUCGUUUUCGUGUGAUAAAAUCCAGAUGCUUAAUAAGAUUAAAGAAGUAGAAGGGGUAAUCGAGAGUAAGAUGAGUAAUGGUACUGGAGGUGUGAUUCUUGAUUUAGGUGAUUUGAAAUGGCUUGUUGAGCAGCAACAACAACCGAUGAUUUCGGAGAUUGGGAAAUCAGCAGUGGCUGAAAUGGGGAAGUUAUUAGCGCGAUUUCGAGAGGAUAAUAGUAAUAGCAAUAAUAAUAAUAGGUUAUGGUUGAUUGGUACUGCUACAUGUGAGACAUAUUUGAGAUGUCAAGUUUAUCAUUCUACUAUGGAAAAUGAUUGGGAUCUUCAAGCUGUUCCUAUAGCUUCAAGAUCUCCUCAUCCAGGAAUAUUUCCAAGGCUUGGAAAUGAAAGAAUUCUUGGAAGUUCCUUGGAUCCUCUGAAUCCGCUGAAGAGCUUUACUGGUCCGGUGCCUUCACUACCAAGGCGUGUACCAGAGAAUUUAAAUCCGAGAUUGAGGACAUCGUGUUGUCCCCAGUGCAAGGAGAAGUUUGAACAUGAGUUGGCGAAACUUGUAUCUGAGUUUGAGAAUUCAUCAUCUGAAGCUAAAUCAGAAUUUCCUCCUCGACCUCAGUUGCCUCAAUGGUUGCAAAGUGCCAAGCUAAAGAAUGAUAGUAAAGCAACGACUCUGUCACAGAUCAAGGAUCAAAGUAUUUUGCAGCAAAAGACUCAAGAACUUCAAAAGAAGUGGAACGAUACAUGUUUGCAACUUCAUCCUAAUUUCCAGCACAGUGUCGAGAUUCAAAGAACAGUACCACCUGUUCUCUCUAUGCCAGGCUUAUAUAAUCCGAACCUGCUUUUGCGUCAACCUUUACAGCCCAAGCUUGUUCCAAGUAGAAGCCUGGGGGGAGUGAGCCUGCAACUGAACACCACCCAAACGGCUAGUCAAUCUCUGGAAAAGGUAGCUACCCCUCCUGGAAGCCCUGUAAGGACCGACUUGGUUCUCGGGCCAAAACCAAGUGAAACUGCCCCGGAGAAAACUCUGGAAGAUCAAGCGAAGGACUUCCUCAGCUGCAUUUCUUCCGUGCCUCAGAACAAGUUACUUGACAAAUUUGCUAGUGCACUAGAUGCUGAUACGUUUAAAAGGCUUCUCAAGGGUCUAAUGGAGAAAGCUUGGUGGCAGCAAGAUGCAGCCUCUUCUGUUGCUUCUGCUGUGUCAAGGUGCAGAUUGGGCAAUGGGAAACAGCGGGGUGGUGCACCAAAGGGUGACAUAUGGCUGUUAUUCACGGGUCCUGACAGAUAUGCCAAGAGAAAGAUGGCAUCGGUUCUUGCAGAGCAAAUGUGCGGAAAUAGUCCAAUAAUGAUCUCCCUUGGUUCACGGCGAGAUGAUGAAGAGUCAGACGUAGGUUUCCGUGGUAAAACAGCCGUAGAUCGUAUUGCAGAGGCUGUUCGGAGGCAUCCACUUUCAGUUAUUAUGCUCGAGGAUAUAGACGAAGCAAAUGGGGUAGUUCGUGGGAGCAUAAAACGAGCCAUGGACAGAGGUAGGCUUACGGAUUCACAUGGCCGUGAGAUUAGUCUCGGCAAUGUCAUAUUCAUUCUUACUGGAAAUUGGUCUACAAUGAGCCCCGAGAGCUACAUGAAUGAGUAUUUGAUGGAAGAAAAGAAACUGGUCUCGCUAGCCAGUUCCGAUUGGCAGUUAAGGUUAGCAGUUGGUGAAAAGAGCGCUAAGCGCAGAGCGAGUUGGUUGCAUGAUCAAGACAGACCUAGAAAAGAAUUGAAUCUAGGUCUCUCUUUCGAUCUAAACGAAGCAGCAGAGUUCGAGGAUUAUAGAACUGAUGGAUCACACAAUUCAAGUGAUCUAACUGUUGAGCGCGAAGAAGAUCCUAGCCUUGAAAACAGGCGAUUCUCAGUUACAUCAGUUCCUCACGAGCUCGUCAGCUCCGUGGAUGACACCAUCCCAUUCAAGCCGAUUGAAUUCCUGUUUGCUCGACGUGAGAUCAAGAAAACAAUCAGCAAGAAAUUCUCCAUGGUCGUCGUUGAUGACAAGGUCUCAAUCGAAGUUGAAGACGAGAUAGUAGACCGGAUCCUAGGUGGCUUAUGGCGUGGUCGAACAAGCCUAGAACAAUGGGUGGAGAAAGUUUUAGGUCCGAGUUUCGAUCAAAUCCAGCCCCGGCUACCCUCUUCCGACGAAAACACUAUCGUUCGACUUCAGCUUGAACUACUGCAUAGAGACUCCAAUAGCCAUAACAAUGGAGAAUGUCUACCUAGCAAAGUCACAAUAGUGGCAGAUGGACAGUAGUGAAAGUGAUAUUUUCCUCAUUCCACUUGGGUACAUUUUGUAUAUAGGGAAAAUUGUGUGGCUUUGGGACAAACAAAACAAGAUUAGAGGGGGUAAAGAAGCAAAAAAAAAAAGUUAUUACCAAAAGAGUGAGAAUGUUGAUAGAUUAGAGAACCUUUAUUUUUUCCACAUAAUUUUUUUUUAAUAGUUUGGUUGUUAUAGUAAUGUAAUGUUGUACUAGAUACUUAUAUUAUUAUAAGCCAUGAUUAAUAAAAUGGAGGAAUUCCUCCUUGGGAAAUUCUCCAUUUUCCAAUGUAAUCAUAACUUUAGUAUAUACAUAUUUAUUGUAUUUUUUACACAU